UAUAAAUAAAAAAUCGCAGCUUUGUGCACCAAAAUGAUUAGUGGCUUACGAAUUGGGGACCGCCGUAUGAGUUGCAUCCGGCCGCCUUACGCGGCGGAGUUGCCGCUCCUCCGCCCUCUAGCGCAAUGCCUCCGCCGCACACGAAGGCUCUUCGCAACCUCCCGCCCGGCACCGCCACCGCCACCGCCGCCGAAAAAGAGUGGCGAGCGGCAGAAAGUAUUAGUAAUAUCCGGACCCACCGGCGCCGGAAAAAGCAGGCUAUCUCUGGAACUCGCGAAACGCCUCAACGGAGAAAUCAUCAGCGCCGACUCCGUCCAGGUGUAUAAAGGUCUUGAUAUUGGGUCCGCGAAACCUUCAGUUAGCGAAAGACAGGAAGUUCCACAUCAUUUGGUUGAUAUAUUACAUCCUUCUGAAGAUUAUUCUGUUGGACAAUUUUACGAGGAUGCAAGGAAAUUAACUGAAGAAAUUCUUAGUAGAGGCCAUGUGCCAAUAGUCACAGGUGGCACUGGGCUUUAUUUGCGAUGGUUUAUUUAUGGGAAACCAGAUGUUCCUAAGGCCUCCCGUGAGAUUACAUCUGAAGUUAACUCGGAACUUGCGGAUUUUCAAAGGGAUGUUGACUGGGAAGCUGCAGUAGAGUUUGUUGUUAAAGCAGGCGAUCCAGCUGUCCGAUCUUUAGCUGCAAAUGAUUGGUACAGAUUACGCCGCAGGCUUGAAAUACUCAAGUCAAGUGGUGUUUCUCCAUCAACCAUUGAAGUGCCUUAUGAUUCUUUCAAAGAGAAAUUACGGUCAAGUGAUGCAGAAGAUGCUUUUGACGGGGGUUGUUCAGAUGUCGAACCUGAUGAGAAGAAGUCGAAGUUGGACUAUGAUUUUAGUUGUUUUUUCCUUUCGACCCAGAGGAUGGAUCUUUAUCGAUCAAUUGAUUUCCGGUGUGAAGAUAUGCUUUUAGAUGAUGGUAUUUUAUCCGAGGCAAACUGGCUUCUCGAUUUGGGCCUUAUGCCUAAUUCGAAUUCUGCAACUCGAGCUAUUGGCUAUAGACAAGCUAUGGAUUUUCUACUAAUGUCUAGAGAACAAGGUGGCUCGAGUUCUGCUCAAGCUUUCUAUCGUUUUCUGUUCGAGUUUCAAAAAGCGUCUCGAAAUUUUGCAAAAAGACAAUUGACUUGGUUUCGAAAUGAAUCCAUCUACCAGUGGAUUGAUGCCUCAAGACCCAUGGAACAAGUGCUAAACUUCAUAUGCGAAGCUUAUGAAGAUCAAACGAGGAAGCUUGAGGUACCACGGUUCCUUUGCAUGGAGAAGGAUAUGACUAACCGCAAGGAAAUCAAUCAACUAAAAGCUUACCGCACCAGAAACAGGCAUUUCAUCUCACGAGAGGAUUGUAACGACAUUCUCGACUGGGUGAGGAGAACUCAAGGCGAAAAGGCCACCAAUCUCGUUUGUUAGGAGUUUCAUAUUUGUCAUUUUCACCUUUGAUGGUGUUGUGUAAGGCCACUUGCUGAACACUACCUAGCGCAUUUGAAUGAAAACCGGUGCUUUCUAACUAUUUUACUAUUUACCUGGAAAUCGGGGAAAAUUACCGUUACACGAAAGAAAAAUGUCAGGUCAUUUAAACUUGAUCUGUCAAAAGACGCAACUGCUGAGUUUUGCUUGCCGGACGUAUUUCAUUUCUUUUCGGAUAGUACAGUAAAGUCUGCCGGGAAAUACACAGGGUGAUUUCAGUAAAUAUAUAUAUAUAAUUUUUUCCUUUUCUUGGUAUGUUCAAAAUUUUCUUAUUGUGUAGCACUGAUAUUUUCUCUAGCCAUUAAAAUCAAA